AUGGAAAGCCGCCUCGAGUUCAUUGCAAGUGUAGACGAGAUAUUUACGAGGCAGAAACACUGUAGUAGAAAUAUCCUGCUCAAUUCGUCAUUGCCUUCGAUACCGGAAGGCAUGAUGUGGGGUGGGAAUUAUGACGCCGAGCGGUUUGCAGGUGCGAGUACCAACCGUACCGCCGCCAUACUGAGCGGGUCCGACCAGCCACGGGCGUCGUCCUCCUGCCAAGGCUGCUUGCUACCCGGCCAGUGCGCCGAAAGGUUGUCCCAUCAUCCACUCCACGCUGCCAUAACUCGAGUGACCCCAACAAGUCUGCUUACUGCCUUCGGUAGUAGAAGACGACGUCAGGUAUCAGGCACCUACCUAGGCAGGUUGAUCCUUCACCGGUCGCCAGCCAUUGGUCCAACGAGUGCGGCACAUGAGUCGGAAGGAAGAAAUUGA